AAAUAAUUAAUAAUUUUCCCACGUGUUUUUUUAUAAUUAAACUAAUUAUAUUUUUGUUGGAAUAAAGUUAUUUAAAUAUUUAUUUAUAAAAAUGUCUGAAGAGCAAGAUAAGGUCCAAAAAUUAAAAGAAGAUGGAAAUAAUUGUGUCCGACAGCAAAAAUAUCCUGAAGCAAUGUUUCAUUACACUCAUGCAAUUAAAAUAGAUCCUAGCAAUUACUCUUUAUACAGCAACCGGUCUUUUGUGUUUUUAAAAAUGCAGCAGUAUCAUUUUGCUAUGGAAGAUGCAAUGAUGACCAUAAAAUUAAAGCCAGAUUGGACUAAGGGCUAUUAUCGCAAAGCAGAAGUUGAAUUUCAUACAUUUAGAUUCGGCGAUGCUCUGCAUUCUUACAGACAAGCAUUAUCUUUGCAACCAAAUGAUCCAGAUAUAAUGGAAGCGAUUAAUAAAGCAUCUAGAUCAUUAAUUAAAGACCAAAGAGCUGACCAACAAAUUCCGUGGCUCGGAGCUGGAAUCGGAAUAAUUUUAGGUGUAAUAGUUGUCAUAGCUGAUUAUGUGUUCACCAACAAGCCGACAUUGACUCAUCCGCUACUGAUGGCGCUGCUAACGAUAUCAAUAGCGAUGAUCGGGUUCGGAAUCGCCAAAGGAUUCAGAUACUUUGUUAAAUGUCAGAGGAAAUCUUUGCUAGAACCGCCGUUCGACUUGCUCGAUGAGAAUACCAAGCAAGAUGACAAGAGCGAAGAGGCUGACAAGCAGAGCGACAAGCAUCCAAAGUACAGCAAAGCGCAAGCGCGUCAGCGGUUCAAGAAAGGAAAAACGUAGUUUUUAGGCGGUUUAAGGAUAUUAGAAAAAUAUUAUGAAGCUGCUUGUGCACCUAGUAAUUUUAUUUAAGCACCUUUAUACUUUUAAAUACAUUUUUUAUUGAUAGUGUGGUAAAUUUUACAUAAUAAACUUAUUAAUCAUUUCUU